AUGGCUUCGUUGUAUCCACCAAUGUCACCUACUAUGAGUAGGAAGAAAGCUCUUGUUGUUACUGAUCCGCCAAAGUUCGAUCUUGAAAGCUACAUUGCGAAUUACAAAGGCAGAACCAGACUUGAGCGACUAUAUCUCAUCGGCAUCACCUCCACCUUCCUCGGCGUCGAAGCUUUAAAAAUGCUAAUUAAAGAAGCAAAGCGAGGAAAGGAUGUUACGAUUUACAUGGAUGCAUGCACUGCUAUGACCAGAAUUGCGCCACAUGAACCAGAGGCUGUUAGAGAUGAUCAAUGGAUUGAUGCUACAAACAAGUCCAAUGCUGCGGAGGCUGCAAGCUUGGAAGCACAGUUGAAAGGCUAUAAGAAUAAUUUAAUCAAGGAAAGCAUUCGGAUGGGAAAUGAAGAUUUAGGCAAACAUUAUGAAGCUACAGGUCAACUAGCACUUGCAUUCGAAGCUUAUUCUCGCAUGCGACAAGAUAGCAAUAUGUCAAGACACGUAAUCGAUGUUUCUAAACAUAUCAUUGAAGUUUCUAUUGAAAGAAAGGAGUAUAUCGCAGUUCUUUCCAACGUUCAAAAGAUGAGAGGAACAAUUGUCGGCCCAGAUGAUGAGAAGGUUAUUAAACCAUUUUGUCAUGCAGCUGAAGGUAUCGCACAAAUUCAUGCUGGGCAAUAUGCUGCCGCUGCACAAACUUUCUUGCAGACACCUUCGGGAAUGGGUUUGACUUACAAUACAAUCAUCAGUCCUAACGAUAUUGCUGUCUAUGGAGGUAUUUGCGCUUUAGCCACUAUCGAUCGUAACAAAUUACAAAAGACAGUUCUCGAGAACUCCGAUUUCCGCGCCUACCUCGAAAUGGAGCCACACAUUCGUCGAGCCAUUCAAGCAUUUGUCGGCAGUAAAUACUCGGCAUGUUUAGAGAUUCUGGAGUCUUACAAGGCUGAUUAUCUACUUGAUAUUCAUUUGCAAAAGCAUGUUGAUGAGCUUUACACACGUGUCAGAAGCAAGAGUAUCAUUCAAUACUUCAUUCCAUUCAGUUGCGUUACCUUUGAGACAUUGCACAAGAACUUCGCUCCACCUGGAAAGAAUAUUGAAAAGGAAGUGGCAGAGAUGAUAAAAUGUGGCGAGCUGAAUGCUAGAAUCGACCUCGUUGCUAAGACCCUCGUAUCAACGUCCAGAGCCAACCGUCAAGAAAUUCAACAAGAAGCUCUCAAGACUGCAAAGCAAGUCGAACGUGAAGCUAGGCAACAUUUGCUACGUAUGAAUAUCGUCGCUUCGGAUAUGGAAGUCAGAUCACAUAAAGAAGGUGGCAGAAGUCGCAUGGGUGGCGGAUUGGCAGGCGAAUUAUUUAGUGGUAAUUAA